AUGAAGAAUGAAGCUGUGAGAGUUUGGUUAGAUCGUCUCAAAGACGUCUGCUAUGAGGUGGAAGAUGUGUUGGAUGAGUGGAAUACUGCAAUCUUGAAAUUGCGAAUUGAGGGAGGUCAUGAUCCAAAUGCUCUUGCUCCUAAGAAGAAGGUGUGUUGCUUCUUUCCCUCUCAUUGCUUUGGUUUCAAAGAAGUUGUUUUACGCCGUGACAUUGCAGUUAAGAUAACAGAUAUAAAUAAAAAGCUAGAUGCUAUAGCCAAAGAGAAAAAUGAUUAUAAUCUUAGUGAGAUUCAAGCUAUAGAGAAGCUUGAUCAUCAACAAAUGCAAACUACUUUGUUUAUUGAUGUAUCUGAUACAUCUGGUAGAGAUAAUGAGAAGAAUAUUUUAGUAAGCAAGUUAUUGUGUGAGAGUAGUAAACAAAGCCUCCGUAUAAUAUCACUUGUAGGGAUGGGGGGAAUUGGAAAAACAACUCUUGCUCAAUUUGCCUACACUAACAAUGAGGUGAAGAGCAAUUUUAAUGAACGAAUAUGGGUGUGUCUAUCAGACCCUUUUGAUGAUAUUAGGAUUGCCAAAGCGAUUAUUGAAUCUCUCGAAGGUUGUACUCCUAAUGUUGUAGAAUUACAAUCUCUUCUUCAACGUAUUUAUAACUAUAUUAAGAAUAAAAAAUUUCUCCUUAUUUUCGAUGACGUAUGGACCAAAGAUUACAAGAAAUGGGAACCAUUCUAUAAUUGUUUAAAGAAUGGUCUCAGUGGAAGUAAAAUUUUAAUUACCACACGUAAAGAGUCGGUUGCACGUAUGAUGAAUUCAAUUGAUAUUAUCAAGAUUAAUGAAUUGUCCUAUGAGAAGAAUUGGUUAUUGUUUAGAAAGCUAGCUCUUUCUGAAAGACCUCCUGGUGUGUAUGAAGAUUUAGAAGAAAUUGGUAAGGAAAUAGUUAAGAAAUGCAAGGGGUUACCUCUUGCAACAAAAACUAUUAGGAGUCUCUUGCAGCUUAAAAAAUCUAAAGACCAAUGGCAACGUGUUUUAGGUAGUGAAUUGUGGAAAUUGGAAAAUGUUGAAAAAGGGAAGAGAUUAGGCGAGGAUGAUGAACUAAUCCUUAAAACCUCACAACCAUCGCCAAAUUUAGAGGAAUUAAAGCUAUCAGGCUAUAGAGGCACCACAUUUCCCUGCAGUUGGAUGAUGUUAACCAAACUGAAGGAGUUACGUUUUUGGGGCCUGAACUAUAAGCAUUUGCAUCAUUUGGGAAAGUUGCCAUUGCUUGAAUUACUAGAUUUAACAGCAAUGUCCAAUAUGAAAAAGGUGGAUAAUGAUUUUUGGGGAAUAGACAAUGAGACCUCAUCAUCAUCUGAAGGAGGGAAUUAG